CGUCACGUCAGUCUCAUACAUUCAUUGUCCGCUGAGAGGUGCUCUUGUGUCCCACUGUCUAGCCAAGCCUUCAAGAUGCCCAAGCUCCUGUUGAUGUUCCUCUUGACGCUGGUGACCUGCCAGUUCUCCGAAGCAGGUGAAGAAGCCGAGGAACCUGCCCUUCCACCUCUGCACCUGAACUGUACACAGCCCACGUACGCACUCACGCCCUCGCCAAGGCCUUCGUCUCAUCCCUCGCAGAGCCUGACGGACUUCCUCCUGCUGAGGCAAGAGGCUCUCCUCAGCAGGAUGUCCUCAGCGGAAGCGGCCACGACCCAGCUUCUGAAGGAGACCCUCGAGACGCUGGUUCAGGUCCGCGACGCCCUGAACGAGGUCAAUGCCAAGAUCGGAGGAAAUGCUGACAGGGACGCUGAUGGUGCCGUGUGCCAGCUUCCCUUCACACGAGUAGGGGAACGCUGCCUCCUGCUGGCCCUUCAGGAGAAACACACGUGGACUUCGGCGAGACAGUUCUGCGCAGGAUACGGGGCAGACUUGGCUCACUUCUCGGACGCCAACACCUUCGCCGCCGUCCUCGCCUACGUGAACACCAUCAACUUCCAGAAGAAAGCCAUCAACGUCUGGGUCGGCGGGUCAGACGAGGCCGUUGAGGACACUUGGCUCUGGGUCACCGGGGAGCUGAUGCCACGGGGGCCGCCCUUCUGGGGGACCUCCGAUGGAUAUGCACUGCAACCAAAUGCAGGCCCGAGCCAAAACUGCGCAGUUCUUUGGCAAGCAGACUAUUACUACAUGCACGAUCUACCAUGCACACACAAAUGCGCUCCACUCUGCCAGAAAUGAGGGAAAUGUCACGCACACAAAAAAAAGAGGUGCGUUUGUAUAAGUCUCUUCUUAUGUUACUGGAUAUUCCUAUAUACCUGUUUUAUUUGCUUGUUUUGAUUCUCACUGCUAUACAUGUAUAUUAUAUUAUUAAAUCUAUGUACGACUAUUCA